GAAUGUUGGCAGUCAUGGAAAGAGAAGACGCAGAGAAAAAUUGUUGACGCGAUUUACCGGAUCUUUUUUAAUAAAGAUAAAAAAAAGCCGUUGAAAGUGUUUUUAUAAAGACGUGUUUUAUAACUUAGAUUAGUUUUAAAAUAUUUCCGACGCAACAAUGGAAACGACGGAGGAAAGGGAGCAUGGAAUUCUUCACGAUAUAUUGACUCAAGAGGAAUUGUUGUCUAUUCAAAACCCUUCUCUCAAUAAAUUAAAAUCAUAUUUUACCGAAAAGUUUGAGGAAUUUUUAACAGCCAAAGCAGUUUUUGAAACAAGUCGUCAAAAUCUUGAAAAAAAUUUAGACACUGUACAAAAGGAACAUGAGGAUCAAAAAUUAGAUCUUGAAGAAUGCAAGGGCAAAUUAAAUUUGGCUGAUCAAUACGUUAAUGAAUUAAAAACAAGUGUAGAGGAAGCUAAAGCGGAAAUACACAAACUUCAAGAAUCCGUGAAAAGGUUGGAGAAGGAGAAUUUUGAACUUAGAAAACAAAGAGAUUUAGCUUGCGACGAAAGAGAUGGAUUACAGCUUCAAGUUGAACGUCGCGACAGUGAUUUGGAACGAUUACGAAUUGAAGUCAAUUCCCUCGGUUCUCAAUUACAAGCUGCAGUUACCGCCAAGUGUCAGGCACUUUCGCAAAUGGAGGAAAUCCGUAGCCUUGAGAUGACUCUAGAUUUCAAAGAAAAACGUUUAGAGCAAGAGAGAACACUUCUAAGUCAACAAAUGGCAGGUUUAGAGGAGGAAUUAUCAAAAAGAACAUCUGAAUUACAAACAACAAGAUCUGAAGCUUCUUCACGAUCACUAUUGAUAGACACACGUUUGAGUCAACGCGAAGAAGAAUUGAGUCUCGCUAUUAAAACAACAAAUCAACUUCGCGAGGCACAAUCAACACUUCAAGGACGUUGUGAUGAAUUGGCUCAAAAAUUAGAAGAUCAAAGAAAUCAUGAAUUAUCAAUGCACGCAUCAUAUCGUGAAGAAGUUGCCGCUCAAACUCGAUUGACUGAACUCUAUAAAUCAAUGGCAGACGAUACAAAUGCAAAAGCCGAAGAAUAUACCAAUGCUGUGAAAGAAUUACAAGAAUUAAUUGAAAAUGCCACCGAACAAUAUGGAACACUUGAAUCGAAACACAAUCAAUUGAUGCAGGAACGCGAGGAAGAGAAUACUGAGAAGGAUCAAAAAAUUAAUGAACUCAAAACAGAAUUGGCCCACGCCAAUGAAUUGCUCUCAAGUUUAAGACAAGAGAGAUUAGAUCAAGCUGUUGAACAAUUGGCACCAACUGCAGCAGUUACUAGCCGAGUUCUCAGAAAGGGUUUGAGUUUAACUCAAAUUUACACACAAUUAGUUGAUGUCACCAAUGAAUUAGCGAUGGCACGUGAAGAAAAUGAAAAACUCAAAGCCCACAUGGAUGAUAUUCUUCAUGAAAUUGAGGAGAAAACUCCAAUUCUUCAACAACAACGUGAAGAUUAUGAAUCAGCGCUCGAUAAUGUCAAUACACUAUCAAAUCGUCUUGAAGAAUUACUCAUUGAGAAUAAUACAUUACAAGAACAAACCGAGGAAGCAAAUAAAAUUGCCAAUAUUCAUACAAGAGAAAAUCAAACAUUAAAAACACAAUUAUCCGAUCUUGCCAGACAAGUUUGUUUCCUUUUGAAAGAAAUUCAAGAACUACGAACUGGUCAUACAAUUCAUUCAAAUGAUAUUUCCAUGGAGAGCGAUGAUCUCACAUCAUCACAAAUUAUCAGCAAAAAACUUGUCACAUUCCGUGAUAUCGAGGAACUUCAACAGAAUAAUCAAAAACUUUUAACAAUUGUAAAAACUUUAUCAGCCCGACAAGAGGAAUUUGAACGUGUUGCAAAUGAAUCAACAUGCGAGGAAAUGAAAGAGAAACUUGACAAAUAUAUUGAACAAUUUGAAGAAAUGCGAGCAUCACAAGAUAGACAAGCAAAAAUGUUUGACGGUUUAUUAAAACAACGCGAUAUGUACAAGAAUAUGUAUCAACAAGGUCUCACUCAAGCUGCCUCACGUGGUUAUACAAAUAAUCAAGAAAAAGAAAAUGAUACAUCAAUAAAUGAGAAAUCAACCGACGAAAUUACUAAAACAGAUAAUAAUGACAAUAGUAAUCAAUCACAAAAGGAGAAUGAGAAAAACAAUAAAGAAUGGGAGAGAAAAUUAUCUGAUUCCGAGACAAGAUUAAAACAAAUCACCGACGAUUUUGAAACAUAUAAAAAAGAAAAAGCGGCACAUGAAAAAAUGCUCGGCGAAGAAAUUGAUCGUUUAAGAAAAGAAUCAGAAAGUAGUUCAACAAAAUGUUGUCGUCUAAAAGCCCAACUUGAUUCAUCGAAUGAACGUUUCCAUCUUUUACAAGCAAAUGUUGUUUCAUAUAAAGAACAAAUUAAAAUUCUCGAAGAAAAAUGUAAUACAUAUAAUACAACAAUUGGUAAACACGAGCAGAGUAUUAUGAUUUUAAAGGACGAAUGUUUGUCAGCUCAAUCAAAACUUUCACGUGCUGAAGUACAACUUGAGAAUUUACGUCAAGAGAGACAAAUUUUGAAGGAUUCAGAAAAUCGUUUAUUAAAAGAACGUGAAGUUCUUCAUCGUGAACGACAAACUCAAGCAUUAUUAAAGGCCGAUGUUGAAUCAAUAAAAGCAAGUCUUGAACGUUCACAAGUUGAAGGUCAAUUACGUGCUGAACAACGAUUAGACGAUAUCACAAGAGAAUGCGCAGCACUUCGUCGACGUUUACAAGAAGAACAAGAUCGUUUUAGAGAGCUUACAUCACAUCUAGAGAAACGUGUCAAUAAUGCCGAGAAUCGUCUCACCGAGGAACGAGCACUUGCCGAAAGAGUUAAAUCCGAAUUGGAUCAAGCGCGAUUAAACGAGACGGAAAAUUUAAAACGUAUCGAUGAAUUAAAUAAUAAAAAUCGACAACUCGCCGUUGAUUCAAUAACAAAACCAAUAACUGGCAAUGAUAAUAAAAAAAUCAAAGAUUUAGAAUUACAACUCACCAAUAGUCAAACUGAAACAAAAUCAUUGCAAGAACAAUUGAAAUCGGCACGUAAUCAAAAUCAACAAUAUUGCGAUAUUGCCGAAAGUUCAGAGGCACAACUUCGUGAAAUUACAGCUCAACAUAAUCGCGAGAAGGAAGAAUUGGAAAAUAUGUUGAAAAAUUCACGAAAUGAAUUAUCAACAUUGGAGAAUAAAUUACGUGUAAUGCAGGAGGAAUUAUCGAAAAUUUCCAGUGGAAAUCAAGAGACAGAUUUUGAUUUAAGGGAAAAACUUGCAGUCGCUGAGAAGAAAUUGGAAGAACUCGAUGAAGUAAAAGGUGAACUUGAACUUGUCAAAUCUGAUUUACAAAGUGCAACACUUGCCGCUAAAGAAGCCGAAGAGAAAUAUGUACGUGAAAUGUGUUUACAUUCAACUGAUUUACAAUGUUUGGCAAAAUUAAAAGAAGAAUCACAAGAUAUUACAGGAAAAAUAUCAACACUAACGCAAGAGAGAAAUUCCGCUAUUGAAAAUUUAGAAUUGGAAAAAUCCACAUGGAAGGAGAGAGAGCAAAGAGUUAUUGACGAAAUGAAACAAGUUCAAAAACAAGUAGAGGAUCUUAAUGCACAAAAUGCUAUUUUACAUAGUCAAAUUCAAGAAUUGAGUGAUCGAGCCGCUGUGAUGCAGAGUCAACAAACGAAAUUCGGUGGAAAUGAAAGUGCCGACACUAGUUUUGAUUUAAAUCGUAGCUUUGGAAAUAUUGAAGAAGAUUCAAAAUCACACGAGCAAUUGAUACAAUUAAUUAAACUUAUGCAAAAAGAAAAAGCAUUAAACGCUGCAAGAUACGAUGUAUUGAAAGCGGAAACAAUAACAUUAAAAUCACAAGCUGAAGUAGCAGAACGUAGAUUAAAGGAAACUGAAGCUCUUCUUAAUUCAGAGCGUGAAAAAUUAGAAAUUGACGUUGUAACCGCAACAAAACAUGCAAAUUUACUAAGAAAAGUCGAAACUCUAAAUGCAAUUACAGAUUCAAAUCGAGUUCUACGAGAAGAAAGAGAUAUUCUAAGUACAAAAGUUUCAGAACUUACAAUUCAGGUUAAUGCACUUUCAGAAGAAGUUGUACCAUUGAGAGAAAAAGCACGCGAUUUAGAAGGAAAAACAGAAAAUCUCUUGCAAGAAAAUGUUAGCCUCAAAGGAGAAGCAACAAGAUGGAGACAGAGAGCCAAUACAUUGGUUGAAAGAGCAAAUAAAGCAAGUCCCGAAGAUUGGCGUCGACUUCAAACCGAACGUGAAAAUCUCAGCAAACUAUUAACAUCUGAACGUGAAACACACGCAAAAAUGUCCGAUGAAUUUAAUGCUCUUAAAAUUGAAAAAUCCAAAUUAGACGAACAAGUCGAUCAACUACAAAAACAAUUACACUCACAGAGUGAACAACUCGUAAAGCUUUCCGAAGAUGCACGUAAAUUAACUCAAGAAUUAGGUGAAGCAACCUUGGACUUAAAUAACAAAGAAAAAGAAUUAACCACAUUGAAAAAGGAACUCGCUGACAAAGAGACUGUAUUGAAUGACAUACGAAAUAAAGAAUUACAAAUUCGCAAAAUUGCCAGAAAAUAUAAAAUGCAAUAUGAAGAAUUGGUCAAGGCAAAUCAGGAAGAAAAAACAAAAGCCGAAGAACAACGAAUCGCAACUACCAACGCUGCCAAUGAAGAAAUGCAAGCUAACCACGAACGUGACACUCAACUAAUUCAAGAAUUAAGAGAACGUAUCGAUCAAUUGACAGCACAAUUUGAAGAAUUAACCCGUCAAUCAACGGCCUAUCAAAGUGAAUCCGAGAAUUUGAAAAAAGAAAUCGAUGUUAUUAAUCGAAGUUGCUCGGAAAAGGAGGAACGUGCUAAAUUAGUUCUCAAGAAUGCAAGAACAAAAAUUAUGCAACUCACUGAAUUCAAAAAAAAUUAUGAAAAAGAAAUUGGUGAACUAAAAACAAGAGUUGAUUUAGUUUCAAAUGAUAAUAAUACAGCUGCCGAACUUGAUGCACGUCUUAAUACAAUGAGAAUUCAAAACGAAGCACGAAUAUCAAGAUUGGAGCAUGAAAAAUCAGAAAUACUCGCCGAGAAAGAGGCACUAGAGAAGAAAAUUACUCUACUACAGAGACAAUUGGCAGGUGUUAGUGGUACAAGCGGUGCAACAACAGAGCCACCAACUGCAAAUAUUAAACCAAUGUCAGCAAGAGCCGAAACACCUUUUGCAAGUAUUCGACCAAUGAGCGUUGUUGUACAAUCGCGAACAGCUGCUGUUUUACCAACAACAGCUUCUGCACCCGUACUUGUUGCACCACAACAACAACAGCAACAACCACAACAACAAGCUGUUCAUACAACCGAAACAAGUUCACCGACAAGUAGUCACACGGAUUAUCAACCAGCGAGUACGAGUACAUCAUCAUCGUCAUCCUCAUCAUCACAAUCGGCACCAAAUAGUUUAAGACAACUUGCUGUACAACCACAAUUAAGUGGCACUGCUGAAUCAACACAACGUGAAGAACCCGAGAGUUUGGAAAUUAUGACAGGACAACAGCAACAAUGUCAACAACAACAGCAACAGCAACAACAAACUGUUGCAUUAGUUAGUCCCAGAGUUGAGCAACAGCAAAUUAAUCAAGUUACAAUUGAACAACAACAAUCGGUCGCUAGCAGUUCUACUCAAUCAGUGAGCACCUCGCAAGGUUCAACGGGACACAAAAGACCAAGAACAUUGGAUUCAUCGGCAUCGGGUUCUGGUGUUGUUGAAGGUGUUGAUCAUCGUCCAGAACAAAAUCCAAGUCCAAAGGCAAAAAGAAGCCGACAACAGGAAGUGACACCUUCAGCUACUGCCAGUGCAUCGGAAAUUGAAUAUCAAGUGCCUACAUCAAGCCAGAGGGAUCAAGAUGAGGAAGGCGAAGACGGAUGUGUCGUUGUAGUGGAUUGUGAUGAAGGUGAAGGAGGUGGAAAUCAUCAGGCUCAAGAAGAAGAAGAAUUUGAAAAUGAUCCUUAUGAAGAAAUGGAGGAAGAGGAAGAAUUACCAUACGGCGUUGAAGUUGAAGGAGAAGGUGAUAAUAAUGAAGUGGAAAUAAUUAUGGAAGAGGAUACAGCAGGUGUUGAAGUUCCAAGACAAGUGCAACCAGCUAUUGCUGCAAGUCAACAGCAACAGCAAUCUGAAGCUAUAAGUUCAGCUGGUCCUUCCGGUGAACCACCUUCAUUUGCUCGUUCAGCGAGAGGUAUUGCUCCAAUGCCAAGACAACAGCAACAACAACAUCUUCUUCUUCCUCAGCAAGGCUACGAGGAUGGCGGUGAUGAUUGCAUUGUGCCAAGUACACCGACAUUAUUUGUUCCACGUAGAGGUGAUGGAUUUGGCGAAGCUGUCAGUUCUCCUCAAGUUCCACAGGGACGUUUCACAUUUGGUGAUCAAUCAGCACCAACGACAGCAUCGUCAACACCAUCGCUAACAACGUCUUCUGGCACUGCUGCCCGAACGAUUUUUGGAUCUUCUGCUCCUGGUGUAGCACAAGUUGUUCAAGAGGGUAUGGAUGAUACAAGAAUGGAUCUCACUCAAUUGGAAGAUGGCGGAACUGGAAGAAGUGUUCCAACUACGCCACUGCAAGUUUCCCCAGCGGCUGAUAUGCCUCCAUCGACAAGUAGUGAGCCUUCAGAAGAACAAGAAGCGCCGGUGUCAAUGAUUUUGGAAAGAACACCUGCGGCUGUUGAUAGCAACGAGGAUACUUCAAUUCCAAGUAAUCGUCUUGUUACCGAAGAACAAGAUCGCACUCAACCAGAAAUAAUUGCAGAUUCUGAUAAUGUGGCACCGAUGGAAAAUAUUGGCUCCGAGGCUGAAAAACAAAAUGAAGAAGCCGGCGCCUCUGGCUCUGGAGUUGGUGAGGAUGAUAAUGUAGACGCAGGAGUUGACGCUUCAGAAGAAGCUGGAUUAGAAAUAGUUGAAGACGAUUCAAAAGAAGAAAAUCGUGAAGCUGAAGCAUCACCUUCAGUGAAUACCCGACAAAGGGCAUUGCUUGCUGCAGCAGCGUUAGCCGCAGCAGGUUCUUCUUCUGUACCCGUAAGAGGAGGCACUGCAAGAAGAGCAGCAAGAACACCUUUUAGAACGAAUCGCGGUGCAAGACCAACUCCCAUCAUCUGGGACAACAGUCAGUCGAACAGGGCUUACGGUUUUGGAGGACCUUCAGGUAUAAAUUGUCAUUUCAAAACAAACUAGAUUCUCUCUUCUUUUUAUUCUUGGUGUUUGUUGAUUUCUAGACAAAAAUAGUUUUUUUUUUUUUAUAAUGAACAGUAUUAUCUUCAUUCAUUCGUUCAUUCAUUUUUUUGUUUUAUUUCCUCUCUGUGAAACAAAUGCAUGAAAAUAAUGACAAAUCUAUUUUUGCUUUCUAGCACUUUCUGUUUUUCAAAAAGGAAAUUUUUUUUUGUUUUGCUUUGUUGAUAAUCUUAAAUAGAUUUUAAGUUCUUUGUAAAAUUGUUUAGAUUGUACACAGCGAGAAUUUUAAGAAGUAAACAAGCAAGCGAAAUUAUAAAUUUGACAUGUAAUUCAUCUCUUCAUGGGUAAAUUAUUGUUGAGAAUAAUUUCGUGAAUUAUUGAAAAACAAUUUGUUCUUUUUACAGCUGUAUAUUAUAUAUUAUUAUAGGAGUUUAAUUUACAUACUCAGGGAAACAAAAUGUAGUCACACUAGAAUUAAUCUCGUUAAUUUGUCUUAGAGCUUUUAUUUUUGAAAAAAAAAAAUUAAAAAUAAACCAAAUACUCAUUUAUGGAGCAUUUUUAGGUUGUAACACAUGGCAUUAAAAACAUUAACCAGUUUAGUUUGAGGAGAACAGUAUAAUUACAUGAUUAAGGAAAAUGGAAAUAUUUUUAUCUUUAGAUUUAAAUUAUUGUUUUGUUCGACAAUACUUUAUCAUAAAUUUAAUUUAAAGAAUAUAACAUUUUUCUUUUUAUAAAUAACAGAAUAUAAUUUUAAACUAAAAAUACUUUUAAAUUAGAAAAGAAACAAUAAUUUAAAUUAAUUUUAAUAUAUUUUGAAAAAACUAUCAAUGCGAUUCGAAAAAAUAAUUCGUCUUCUAAGAUUAUUUUUAUAAUAAUAAUUAUUUCACAUUUUGUGUUUAUCUUUAUUAUUGAUAAACACUUUUAUAUUUUAUCCGAUUUUAAAUUAAAACUCACUUUUUUUUCUCUAAAAAAAUUCUAAUAACAAAUCUGUUUGUUGAAAAUAAUUUGCUUUAAAGAAAAUUAAUUAAUUUUGUUCUAUUUUUAUGCUUAAUAUUUUUUUAAAUAAAAUAUUUUCAACAAAUAGAGUUGUAAUUAUAUAAUCCUUUAGAAAAUAAAAUAAGUUAUAAUUUAUUGAAGUUGGAUUAAAUAUACGAUUGUUUAUCAAAAUUGAAGAAAAACACAAAAAAUGUGUAAUAAUUAUUAAAAUAGGAAAUAAUUUUUUUCAAUUGCAUUUGCAGUUUUUCCAAAAUAUAUAAAAAUUGUUUAAUUUUAUUUGCCUUAUUUUCUCUUAAUUUAUUUAAAAGCGUUUUAAAUUUGAGAUUAUUUGAAUCUAUAAAAAAAUAUGGAAUUUAUUGUACUCUCCAAAGAAUUACAAUUGUAAUGAUUUAUAAAGCACAUUUAUGCAACCCAAAAAUGCUUUUUUGUAAAUUAUAAAUACUUAUAAUUUAAAACCUAAAGUUUAACUUAAUAGGUAUUUAAUUUCAUAUAAAAGAAUAUGUUUUGAUUUCUUCAAAACAAAAAAAGUGUACUGUUUUUAUUGUUUUAUUAAGAUAUAUGAUAUACGACAGUCUGUAAGUACAUAUAGUUAAUACUAAAAGUAGGAAAGAAUUCAGAGAAAAAUUGGAUAUAUAAUCAAAACAAAAGUUACAGUCCAACUCCAUAUUUUGUUAUUUUUUUAAAUCAAAAAGAAAUUUAUAAUUUUUAAAAUUGUUACAGUGGAAUUAUGAAAAAUUUUAUUUCUGAUACUUUGAAGAAUUAGAAGUUGCCAUUGGAUAAAUAGUAAAAAUUUGAGAUUAUGAAAAAUGAAAUGGUUCUGGUUAAAAAAAAACCUAAAAAUUUCAUAAUUGUUCUUUUAAUCUCACAAAAUUUUUAAUUCUUUACCCAAUGGGAACAUUUAAUGGUUCAAAAUUGGUAAAAUUAAAAUUGAUCACAUUUUCACUGAAAUGCUUUUUAAAAUUAUAAAUUGCUUUUUGAUUAAAAAAAAAAAAAACGAAAAUAUAGAGUUAGACUAAUUUUUUAAUUUGACUGUCCAUUCGAUUUCUCCUUAAUGCAUAAACAUUUUUUAAAGCGAAACCUGAGAAAUAAAAUUUUUCUUUUCUCUUAGAAACAUUAAAAUAAAAAUUAUUAUCAAUU